AUGGCCGAGCAACAGAAAGAAUCUUCAGCGUCUCUGACCUCGACAGAAGCCAAAGCUUUUGAGCUCGCUCAGGAGGCCGUGAUGGUCAAGUCCGUCCCUGUGGCAGAGGGCACCCCGAUCAUCAAGGGCUUCGACUUCAACACAGGCAGAGACCUCGACGGUAUCAUGGCGGCGGCGAUGACGACUGGUUUUCAGGCGACGAACCUGGCGAAGGCCGUCGAGGAGGUGAACCGCAUGCGAAGGUGGCGGCUGAGCGACCGCCCGGUCAAGCCGGACGAGGACGACGACCUGAAGGAUCCGGCCGUGAGGGCCGGGGUCAAGGCCACCAUCUUCUUCUCGUACACCUCCAACAUGGUGUCGUGCGGCGUGCGCGAGACCAUCCGCUUCCUCGCGCAGCACAAGAUGGUCGACUGCAUCGUCACGUCGGCCGGGGGCGUAGAGGAGGACUUCUUGAAGUGCCUGCGACCGACGUACUUGGGUGACUUCAACCUUAAGGGCAGAGACCUCCGGCUCAAGGGGCAGAACCGCAUCGGCAACUUGGUCGUGGAGAACAGAAACUACUGCGAGUUCGAGGACUGGCUUAAUCCCAUCUUGAACAAGAUGACCGACGAGCAGGAGGCUGACAAGGUGGUGUGGACGCCCUCGACGAUGAUCGAGCGUCUUGGCCGUGAGAUCGACAACGAGGAGUCCAUCUACUACUGGUGCGCGAAGAACGAUAUCCCGGUCUUCUGCCCGGCGUUGACGGACGGCUCGAUAGGGGACAUGAUUUACUUCCACAAGUACAAGCGCCCGGAGUUUAUCCUGGACAUCUCCGGGGACGUGAAGCGAAUAAACGACAUCGCCGUUCGGGCGCCGUGCACCGGCAUGAUCAUUGUCGGGGGGGGGGUGGUGAAGCACCACGUCUGCAACGCGAACCUUAUGCGGAACGGGGCUGACUUUGCAGUUUUUAUGAACACAGGUCAAGAAUACGACGGCAGCGACUCCGGGGCGAGGCCGGACGAGGCGGUGUCGUGGGGCAAGAUCAAGCUCGACGCUAAACCUGUCAAGAUUUACGCGGAAGCAACGCUGGUUCUCCCCCUCCUCGUGGCGCAGACGUUCGCCAAGGAUUUCCAUGACCAGCGCGCGGCGGAGGCAUAGGACGCAAAAAAUAUACCGCCGACAUUGACUAUUCUCCGUGCAGCAUAAGGGUGUGUGCAACGGGCGGCGGUGGCGGCGCCUGUGAUAAUUUUCGUCGGCGUGUUCGUGUCGGCGCGCCGAGGAGCAGCUGCACCGGUCACGCUGGCCAAGCGCAAGGCGGCGACUUGGGAAGGGAACGUUUCGCACUUUGACCCUGUGGGACGCGGAGGUGGGACGCGGAGGGUUCUGUAGAAUGGUCGACGAGGCCACGCGCGAACUCGUGAUUGCGCCGCGUAUGUUCCGGAGGUGGUUUGCGCUGUGCAGGUAUUCAGGAGGAGAUCACCGGCACCAAUGGACAGGCACCAUCCACGGCAUAUAUCGGGUUG